UUUAGUCAGGCAGUACGUCGGGCGCCUAGCUGGCGCAAGGCUGAGGUCGAAAAGUCCUCCGCUCGGCAGCCCCUAUCGGAGCGCUUUGCAUUUUCGUCCUCUUCUGCUCAAGAUGGUGGCCUCCCGGGCGAUAGGCAGUCUCAGUCGCGCCACUGCCUCCAGGAUGCUCCGCUGCCCAGGUUAUAUUUGCCGCAACUUUUCAGCGUCCUCUGCUUUGCAAACCAGAACCCAUAUUAACUAUGGAGUCAACGGGGAUGUGGCUGUUGUUCGAAUUAACUCACCCAAUUCAAAGGUAAACACACUAAAUAAAGAACUGCAGUCAGAGUUCGUGGAAGUAAUGAAUGAAAUCUGGACUAGUGAUCAAAUCAGAAGUGCUGUCCUUAUCUCAUCGAAGCCAGGCUGCUUUAUUGCAGGUGCUGACAUCGGCAUGUUAGCCUCUUGCAAGACCCCUGAAGAGGCAACACAAGUAUCACAGGAAGGACAGAGAAUGUUUGAGAAACUUGAGAAGUCCACAAAGCCUAUUGUGGCUGCCAUCAGUGGAACCUGCUUAGGAGGAGGACUUGAGCUUGCCAUUUCCUGCCAAUAUAGAAUAGCAACCAAAGAUAGAAAAACAGUAUUAGGUACCCCUGAAGUCUUGCUGGGCAUCUUACCAGGAGCAGGAGGCACACAAAGGCUGCCCAAAAUGGUGGGUGUACCUGCUGCUUUUGACAUGAUGCUGACUGGUAGAAACAUUCGUGCAGACAGAGCAAAGAAAAUGGGACUGGUUGACCAAUUGGUGGAACCCCUGGGACCAGGAUUAAAACCUCCAGAGGAGCGGACAAUUGAAUACUUAGAAGAAGUUGCAGUCACUUUUGCCAAAGGACUAUCUGAUAAGAAAAUCUCUAUAAAGAGAGACAAGGGAUUAGUAGAAAAAUUGAUGUCAUAUGCCAUGAGUAUUCCAUUUGUCAGGCAACAGAUUUACAAAAAGGUGGAAGAAAAAGUACGAAAACAGACCAAAGGCCUUUAUCCUGCACCUCUGAAAAUAAUUGAUGUGGUAAAGACUGGAAUUGAGCAAGGGAAUGAUGCUGGCUAUCUCUCUGAAUCUAAGGUAAAGUUCUUUCCUUUCAAUUUAUUAUUAUUAGAUUCAAGAAAAUCAAGAUCUAAAAUUCUUUGUAAAGCUAAAAAAAAAAAUACCCAAAGCCUACCCAAAAUGUUUUCCUUCUAUAACGCCAGCCAAGAAAUAGAAGGUUCAAGAGUUUUGAUCCCAGCCCCACCUUCAGUGUGUAAUUACGGCACAUUUCCUCACAUCCUCGUUUUCCACGAAGUCGUGCUGUUUUCAGUGUUCCAUAACAAUAUGGCAAUGAGAUGGAAACCAUCAAAAUCCACAAACAUGAGAAUUUCUAGUCUUGAUACCAAAGACUGUGUUUUUUCUAGAUUGAAUGAUAAAGUGAAGAAGAAAGCUCUAACAUCAUUUGAAAGGGACUCCAUUUUCAGCAACUUGACUGGGCAGCUCGAUUACCAGGGUUUUGAAAAGGCUGACAUGGUGAUUGAAGCUGUUUUUGAGGACCUUAGUCUUAAGCACAGAGUGCUAAAGGAAGUAGAAGCGCUGAUUCCGGAUCACUGUGUCUUUGCCAGUAACACAUCUGCUCUCCCAAUCCGUGAAAUUGCUGCUGUCAGCAAAAGACCCGAGAAGGUGAUUGGCAUGCACUACUUCUCUCCUGUGGACAAGAUGCAGCUGCUGGAGAUCAUCACAACCGAGAAAACGUCUAAGGACACAACCGCUUCGGCGGUAGCCGUUGGGCUCAAGCAGGGGAAGGUCAUCAUUGUGGUUAAGGAUGGACCUGGCUUCUACACCACCAGGUGUCUCGCACCCAUGAUGUCUGAAGUCCUUAGGAUCCUCCAGGAAGGAGUUGAGCCUAAGAAGCUGGAUUCCCUUACCACAAACUUUGGCUUUCCUGUGGGUGCUGCCACACUGGUGGAUGAAGUGGGUGUGGAUGUAGCAAAACACGUCGCGGAAGAUCUGGGCAAAGCCUUUGGGGAGCGGUUUGGAGGUGGAAGCCUAGAACUGCUGAAGCAGAUGGUGUCCAGGGGCUUCCUGGGUCGCAAAUCUGGGAAGGGCUUUUAUAUCUACCAGGAGGGUGUGAAGAAUAAGAAUGUGAAUUCUGACAUGGACAGUAUUUUGGCAAGUCUGAAGGUGCCCCCAAAGUCUGACGUCUCCUCUGACGAAGACAUCCAGUACCGCCUGCUGACCAGAUUCGUGAAUGAGGCCGUCCUGUGCCUGCAGGAAGGGAUCUUGGCCACACCCGCAGAGGGAGACAUCGGAGCCGUCUUCGGGCUCGGCUUUCCCCCAUGUCUUGGAGGGCCCUUCCGCUUCGUGGAUCUGCACGGUGCUCAGAAGAUAGUGGACCGGCUCAGGAAGUACGAGGCCGCCUAUGGAAAACAGUUCACCCCGUGCCAACUGCUCAUCGACCACGCUAACAGCCCUGACAGGAAGUUCUGCCAGUGAGCGGGCCCCCGCCCAGCCAGCGGUGCUGGUUCUCCGGCAGAGUGGCAUCUAGACGCAUCAGAGGAACCGGAAGGCAAACAAACUUUGGCACUGGGUGUGCGCCCUGACCAAAGUGCCUUCAGUUAGGACAGUCUCUCCCUCCUGGUGAAGUGUGGCUGUGAAUGAGUUUGCACCUCACGUUAGGAGGAACCCGUAAGUCCCGACACCCCGAGUGCCGGCGUCUCCAGAGCUGACUUGCUGCCUGCUCCGCCGGGGCCGGUGGUGGCCGGUGGCAGCCCGGGCAGUUCUGCACCCGGCCACCUGUGUGAUAACAAUAAAAACCAAACUCUAACAGCC